UUUCUUCUACCAGCCCCCCUCUGUCUGCUGACCCUGCUGCUGUCACCACUCAGUCUGGGGGCCGCCAUUUCCCCAGCUGAGCCCAUCAGUCAAGCCUAUAGCCUGGCCCUCUACAUGCAGAGAAAUACAUCAACAUUGCUCCAGACCUACCUCCAGUACCAGGGAAGCCCCUUUAGUGACCCUGGCUUCUCAGCCCCCGAGCUCCAGCUUAGCAGCCUGCCUCCUGCCGCCGUCUCCUUCAAGACCUGGCAUGCCCUAGAUGAUGGGGAGCGGCUGGGCCGUGCCCAGGGGGCCUUCCUGGCCUUGACCCAGCACCUCCAGCUCGUGGGGGAUGACCAGAACGACCUGAACCCUGGCAGUCCUAUCCUGCUGGCUCAGCUUGGAGCUGCAAGACUCAGGGCACAAGGUUUGCUGGGCAACAUGGCCGCCAUCAUGACUGCCCUGGGCCUGCCCAUUCCCCCAGAAGAAGAUACUCUCGGAUUUGUCCCAUUUGGGGCCUCAGCCUUCGAGAGGAAAUGUCGAGGCUACAUAGUGACCCGGGAAUAUGGCCACUGGACGGACAGAGCUGUGAGGGACUUGGCUCUACUCAAGGCCAAAUACCCUGGAUAG